GCGCUGUGCAGUUUGUCCUCCCCGCUCCUGCCGUAGUUGUAGUCCUUGUAGCAAACAUGUCGUCGGACAGUGAGGAGGACUUCGUGAGCUUCGGGACUCCGCUGGAGCCGCUGGAGGAAGACGAGCCGCUGAAGAAGCCGGUUCCUCUCCAUGAGCAGACCGUGAAGGAUGAGAAGGGACGAUACCAGAGGUUUCAUGGAGCGUUCACGGGAGGAUUCUCUGCCGGAUAUUUCAACACUGUCGGCACCAAAGAAGGCUGGGCCCCGUCAACCUUUGUGUCGUCACGGCAACAGAAAGCUGAGAAACAACAAGCCCGGCCUGAAGAUUUCAUGGACGACGAGGACUUCGGUGAGCACGGCAUCGCUCCCAGGGAGAUCACCACGAGUCAGGAGUUCUGGUCCAGUCGCAGAGACGAGGUCCGAGAGAAGGCGAGAGCCGUCAACGCUCAGAACGCUCUGAUCCCAGGAGACACUCUGCUGGAGGAGCUGAUCGCACCUGCCAGGUUGUCCAUCGGGGUGGAGCUUCUGAAAAAGAUGGGCUGGAAGGAGGGUCAGGGUGUCGGGCCACGCGUCAAGAGGAAAGCUCGCCGACAGCAGGCCGAUGGAGGCAGCAGAGUUUAUGGCUGUGUGCUGCCCCCUGCUGGAUCAGAGGACUCACAGAACGAAGAUGAUAACGAUGAUGAAGAGUUUGCUCCAGACAACGUGACCUUCGCCCCGAAGGAUGUGACUCCGGUGGACUUCACCCCCAAGGUGGGCGUUCAGGGUCUGGGGUACCGUGGCCUGGACCCGGGUCUGGCUCUGCUGGGCCGAGGAGGAUCAGAACACAUCGACCUGUUCAGACCAAAGGCUGAGACGAGAGGACUGUUCGGAGAUGCAGGGCGGGGCUCACGGAGAGGAGGCGUGGCCGGACAGGCGUUCGGGGUCGGUGCCCUGGAGGACGAUGAUGAAGAUGUGUAUCACAAAGACUCCAUGUCCAGAUACGACAAUGUUCUGGGAGGAGAGGAACCUGGAGACGGUCUGUACGGCUGGACGGCUCCUCAGCAGUACACCAAGAAGAGAGAUAAAAACAAAGACGCGGCGUACCUCGGCAAGAUCCUGGAGGGGUUCACUCUGGCCCAGAAAGCAGCCGAGGAAAAAACAAUCUUCCCUCCACCCUCUCUGCCUCGUGAUUACCGUCCGGUCCAUCAUUUCCGGCCAUCACUGGAUGUUUCGGUUCUGUCCGGGGUCAGUCCGGCGCUGGCCGAGGCUCUGAGAGUCUCCACAGGUCACAUGGUCAAAGAGGAGCCCCAACAAGGAGGAGGAGGAGGAGGACGCCACCAGAUGGACUCGGACCAGAGGAGGACGCUGCUGGGAGAGGACACCCUGCAAGGUCCCAGUUCGGUCAUGGAGCUGCUGAGGCCUGAAGACAGACAGCGACUGCUCAACCUCCGCAGCUCCUCCAGCAAACCCGCCACGCCAGUCUCCCAUGAUGCCUUGAGGUUGGCAGGGUCGUCAGCUGUGGGAGGCGGGGCCUCCUCUGGCCUCCAGCAGGAGGCGCUGGCGGCGUGGAAAGGCGUCCAGAUGUCGUCACAGACCUUCAGACCGUUUGAGAAGAACCCGAGCAAACAGGCACGCUACGAGCUGUACCUGACCCGCCUCAAACAGGGAGACAGAGACGCCCUGGAGCAGAGUCUGGACCCGGCCGUGACGGAGUGGGAGCGCAGCAGGGAGAGGGAGGAGUUUGUCCGAGCCUCCAUCCUGUACAGACCCACCUCCUCCUCUCUGUCCUCCCGCUUCACCAGAGCCAAACAGGAGGAGGACGAGGACGCCGUGGAGGUCAGCCGGGACCAGGAGGGCGACGUGGACGACAAACAAGCCGCUGCAAACAUGAAGAUGUUCGGAAGACUGACCAGAGAAACGUUCGAGUGGCAUCCGGACAAACUGCUGUGCAAGAGGUUCAACGUGCCUGACCCACACCCCGGGUCCGGUAUCGUGGGUCUGCCAAAGGUGAAGAGAGACAAGUUCUCAGUGUUUAACUUCCUGACUGCGACGGAGAGCAGAGAGACGUCAGCUCCUCCCAAACCUUCAGAGUCCGGUAAGAAGUCUCGUUGGGAUGUUUCAGACCAAGAGAAGAAGAAGAGCGACCCGCUGAGCGAGCUGCUCAGCUCGGCACGACAACAAACUGACACCAAACUGGAACAAACUCCCGUACCUGCUCUACCUGCCUCCUCCAGCACCUCCUCCAGCACCUCCUCCAUCAGAGCAGAGGUAAAGACAGAGGAGCAGACGAGCUCUAACAAGAAGAAAGCAGAGGAGGAGCAGCAGGAGGAGGAGCAGGAGGAGGAGAGCAGGCCUCCCAUGGAUCUGUUCAAAGCCAUCUUCGCCGGCUCCUCCGAUGAGAAAUCCUCAUCUUCAUCAGACGGAGAGAGUGAUGAUGAGGAGGAUGUAAAGGAGGACAAGGCACCGAACCUCUUCAACAUCACCUGCAACACCUCCGUCACCUCCUCCGUCACCUCCACUGUCACCUCCACUGUCACCUACAGCCAGCAGACAGCAGUGUUUUCAUCUCAAAACUCGACUCGACAGGAAGAGGAGGAGUUUGGUCCCAAGCUGCCGCCUCCUUCAGACAAAGUCAGAGGAGGCGCUGCGUCUCCAGGUGAGGAAAGCCUGAGGAAGAGGAGCAAAGAGAAGAUACACAAGAAGAAGAACAAACACAGGAAGGAGAAGAAGAAGAAGAAACAGAAGAAGCACAAACACAAAGCCAAGGAGCAGAAGAAGAAGAAGGAGGAGGAGGAGGAGGAGGAGUCAGACAGCAGCGAGGAGGACGGCGUGUCCACAGAGGAGCUGCUCAAGAGGCUGAAAAGCGUUCGCUCACAUCAGACCCGGUGAAGAAACAGGAAGUGUGUCCUCUGUGAGGACGACACAUCAGAGCUGAGCUGUUGUAGUUUUAACAGAAUAAAGUGUCGAUGAUGAA